AUGCCAACAAUUGAUGUUGCUGGAUGUUUAACAACCUAUUGGGUUAUUUGGUUAGUCAAUGGUUUUGGUUCAAUAUUAGGUCUUGUAAUAAAUAUGGUUGUAUCAUUUGCCUUAUUAAAACAUUUCAGUAAUUUAGCAAAAGUCAAACCAUCAGUACGAAAAAAACAUCAAACAGAUUUUUCUAUGUAUCGUAAUGAUUCACCGGUACCUAAUACGUCGUCUAAUCCGUGGGACAAUGAUUUUAAUAUGGAUCAUAUAUAUGGUACGUCUGACGCUUAG